GUUACAAACGCGUGUAUGCUUUUUGUCCCUCCUGCUGCUCCGUAGUGGCGGUUCCUCGGCUGCAGGCGCUUCAAAACAAACUCGGAGUCCGUUUCUCGGUGAUUAAAAAUUCUUUCGGGGUGUUGCCAUGGAGGAGGUGACACGUCUGGUGUCGACCGGAGACUGCGUGAAGAUCUGGGAUGCGGUUUCCAUGGCACCGCUGGAGCAGUUUAACCCACACAGCACCAGCCACCCGGUCGCUCAGGCCUGCUGGAGCUCCAACAACCAGUACCUGGUCAGCGCCAGCAGCAGCGGGGACAAACUGGUGGUUUCCAGCCUGAAGUCGACUCCUGUUCCAGUGGUGGAGCUGGCUGACGGGAAAACGCAGACCCGAGUGUGUCUGAGCUCAUCGUCUCAGUUUGUGGUCAGCGGCGGCCUCGAUCACUGCGUACACAUCUGGGACCUGAAGACCAAGAGACUGCACCGCUCUCUCAAGGACCAUAAGGAAGAGGUGACCUGCGUGUCCUUUAAUGCCAACGACAGCUACAUCGCGUCCGGCUCCACCAGCGGUGACCUGGUCCUCCACAGCCUGACCACCAACCUGUCCAGCAGACCUUUCGGUCACGGCAGCAACCAGCCCAUCCACGACCUGAGGCUGUCCACGGUGAAGCGCUCCUUGCUGGGCAGUGUGUCUGACAGCGGGACGGUGGUGCUGUGGGACUCCAACACGCAGAAGGAGCUGCACGUGUUUGACAGCACCCACAAGGCCCCAGGCUCCGGCCUGGCCUUCUCCCCCACCAGCGACCUGCUGGUGGUCAGCGUCGGCCUGGACAAGAAGAUCGUCUGCUACGACACCGCGAGCAAGAUCGUCCUGAGGUCGAUCCGUGUGGACAGCCCUCUGACCGCAGUGGACUUCACUCUGGACGGUACUGGUCUGGUGGUCGGGUCCACUCACGGGAAGAUCUACCAUUAUGACCUGAGGAACUCCAGCGCCCCCACCAGGAUCACUGUGGCACAUAAAACCUCAGUGACCUGCCUGCGCUUCCAGAGCAACACCAGCAGACACAAGUCCAGUAAAUUGAGCUCCACAAAGACUUCCAGCUCUAAGAGAUCUUCCACCAAGCUGCCCAGCAGCCAACCUGAUCCCACCCCCAGCACAGGCCCCGCCCCCCACAGACCAGUGACAAACACAGGAGGCGCUGCUGUGGAGUUGAUGUGUCGGGAGGCUGAAGGUCAGCAGGGGUCGGAGCAGCCUCCUGCGGUGGAGAAGUUCAGCAGCAUUGGACGAAACAGUCUGGACAUCUUCUCACCCACUCGCGAAGACCCCGUGACCCACCGGACCGCCGCGGACACCCCGUUUGGACGAGGACACGUUACCAGUUUGGAGGUGAUGUCCAGAGACGGGGAGGGUCAACAGCUGACGGGCCGGGCCAGCCUGGACAUCUUCUCUCCUGUCAGAGAAGAAUCUCACGCAGGUCCCAGCUCUCACAGGAAGACCCCCCUGGGAACGCCGCUGGCAGCCUCGGCAGGGCGGUGUUACAGCCCUCUGUCCAUCUUCCAGACUCCCCCGGCCAUCAAAGAGGAGGAGCCAAACACCGCUAUGGCUGCCGAACCGUGUGACUCCAGAAAGCAGUCUGACAAGGCCAGCUGUUCCAGUCUGGAGACACAGAGUCAGGCCACACCCCCCGCAUCACAGCAGGCCACUCAGAGUCAGCUGGCCCCGCCCUUCUUCACGCCAGAGCCCAGCCUUCGGAGAGCCAAUGGGGUUCAGGCUCAGCUGAGCUACGAUUCACCUGUCCACGGAGCUCCACCCACCACCUCUGCAGCAACAGGUCCGGCUCUGUCGGCAGCCAUUUCCUCGUCUCUCUCCCAGAAUAUUGCGGAUGUGGUCGGACAGGCCGGAGCUGCUCCUCUCACCUCUCUGCAGAUCCACUUCAUCCAGAACAUGAUCCAUGAAACUCUGGAGGAGUUCAGGAACGCCUGUCACAAAGACAUCAUCAACCUGCAGGUGGAGAUGAUCCGACAGUUUUACAUCCAGCUGACUGAGAUCCACAGUCUGAUAGAGAAAUACUCCGUCAACGAGUCUCUGGUGGAGGAGAUCGAGAAGCUGAGGGAGGAGAACCGCCGCCUGAGGUCCAACUACUGACCGUCUGUAGCCUCAGCUGAGCCUCCGCCUCCCACGCUGCAGGAGGCAGCUGCUGUCUUGAUGUGAGUCAGAUGGUCGAACCUGAGCUCACCUGCAUGGCCUGUGUGUGUGUGUGUGUGUGUGUGUGUGUGUGUGUGUGUGUGUGUGUGUGCGUGUGCGUGUGCGUGUGUGUGC